AUGGCCGGCUUCGCCUACGUUGCUAUUGCCUACCUUCUAGCAGCUAUGGGAGGACUCAUGUUUGGAUAUGAUGUUGGGAUCUCAAGUGGUGUCACCUCCAUGGAUGAUUUCCUGGGAAAGUUUUUCCCCAGCGUUCUACAGAGGAAGCUGCAGCUUGUUGGAAAAGAAGGCAACUACUGCAAGUAUGACGACCAGGGCGUGCAGGCGUUCACGUCGUCGCUCUACCUCACGGGUCUGGUGGCUACCUUUGCAGCCUCGUACACGACGCAGAGAUUCGGUCGGAAGCCAACCAUGGUGAUCGCGGGACUGUUUUUCAUCGCCGGGGCGGUGUUCAACGCUGCUGCGGAGAACCUGGCCAUGCUCAUCAUCGGCCGGAUCCUUCUCGGCUGUGGCGUCGGCUUUGCCAACCAGGCCGUCCCGCUAUACCUCUCCGAGAUUACUCCCACUUGUUACUGGGGCGGCCUCAACAUUCUCUUCCAGCUCAACGUGACCGUCGGCAUCCUCAUCGCCAACCUCGUCGCCAAGCUCCACCCAUGGAGCUGGCGGCUCUCACUCGGCCUGGCUGGGAUCCCCGCGGUGCUGCUCACAGUCGGAAGCCUGUGCCUGUGCGAGACUGUUGAGAUGGCAGUCUUGAUCAUCUGACACAUGGCAAUCCACGUCCAAUGCAAAAGGAGUACAAUGAAUGUGCUCUGUAUAGUGUUUUUCCUCUUU